UUUGAUGAUCUCUCUGACAACAUUUCUCUGUUUCUGAACAAGUAUUACCAACAAGAGGCCACAAAACUGCGUCAGCAAAUUACAAACUUACAGAAUUCCAACAGGAAUUUGCUGGGUGAUGCUCUCACCACCAUGAGCCUGAGGGACCUGAAGCAACUGGAAACAAGAUUGGAGAAAGGCAUCAACAAAAUAAGAGCUAAGAAGAAUGAACUGCUGCAUGCUGAGAUUGACUACAUGCAGAAAAGGGAAAUGGAACUCCAAACUGACAACAUGUUUCUGCGCAAUAAG